AUGACGAAGGCAGCAAUGUCAAAUAGCACAUUGUAUAAGCAGAUGGUUGGAAGUUUGAGAUAUGCCUGCAAUCCAAGGCCUGAUAUUUGUCACAGUGUAGGGAUAGUCAGUAGGUUUAUGCAAACACCUAAACUAUCUCAUAUACAAGCAGUGAAGAGAAUAUUGAGGUACUUGCAGGGCACAAUGAAGUAUGGCAUACUAUAUCCAAAUUCAUAUGGAAAGAAAGACAAGCCAAUUGGAUAUAGUGACUCUGAUUGGUCAGGUGACAAAGUAGAAAGGAAAAGUACUAUGAGAUAUGUAUUCACACUAUUUGAUUGCCCUAUUUCAUCCUGCUCUAAAAAGCAAAAUGUAGUAGCACUGUCAACUUGUGAAGCUGAAUACAUAUCUGCCUGCGAUGCAGCCUGUCAAGGCAUAUGGUUGCAAUCUCUGCUGCAGGAAAUGAAAAUUGAUGUUGAAGAUGGAGUAGAGCUUAUGGUUGACAACAAAUCAGCCAUAAUCCUGGCCAAGAAUCCCAUAGCUCAUGGGAGAAGCAAACAUAUUGAAACUAAGUUUCAUUUUUUGAGAGACCAAGUCACUAAAGGGAGGAUCAAGCUUAGCUAA